CCGCGGCCGCCUCUCCGUCGGUCCCCGCGCGCCCGUGGUCGUCAUGCUGCCGCCGCAGCUCUGCUGGCUGCCGCUGCUCGCUGGGCUGCUGCCGCCGGCGCCCGCGCAGAAGUUCUCGGCGCUCACGUUUUUGAGAGUUGAUCAAGAUAAAGACAAAGAUUGUAGCUUGGACUGCGCGGGCUCUCCUCAGAAACCCCUCUGUGCAUCGGACGGAAGGACCUUCUUGUCCCGCUGUGAAUUUCAACGUGCCAAGUGCAAGGACCCACAGUUAGAGGUCGCUUACCGAGGAAACUGCAAAGAUGUGUCCAGGUGUGUGGCCGAAAGGAAGUAUACCCAGGAGCAAGCCCGGAAGGAAUUUCAGCAAGUGUUCAUUCCAGAAUGCAACGAGGACGGCACCUACAGUCAGGUGCAGUGCCACAGCUUCACGGGGUACUGCUGGUGCGUCGCGCCCAACGGGAGGCCCAUCAGUGGCACCGCCGUUGCCCACAAGACACCCAGGUGCCCGGGUUCCAUAAAUGAAAAGUUACCCCAACGAGAAGGAGCAGGACAAACAGAUGAUGCCGUGGCCCCAGCGCUGGAGACUCAGCCUCAAGGAGAUGAGGAAGAUAUCGCGUCACGCUACCCUACCCUUUGGACUGAACAAGUUAAAAGUCGGCAGAACAAAACCAAUAAGAAUUCAGCGUCGUCCUGUGACCAGGAGCACCAGUCUGCCCUCGAGGAAGCCAAGCAGCCCAAGAAUGACAACGUGGUGAUCCCUGAGUGUGCUCACGGUGGCCUCUACAAGCCGGUGCAGUGCCACCCCUCCACAGGCUACUGCUGGUGUGUCCUGGUGGACACAGGACGCCCGAUCCCCGGCACGUCCACCAGAUAUGAACAGCCGAAGUGUGACAACACAGCGAGGGCUCACCCGACCAGGACAAGGGAUCUGUACAAGGGCCGCCAGCUGCAGGGUUGUCCUGGUGCCAAAAAACACGAGUUCCUCACAAGCGUCCUGGACGCGCUGUCCACGGACAUGGUCCACGCUGUCUCUGACCCUUCCUCCUCCUCUGGCAGGCUCUCAGAACCAGAUCCCAGCCACACCCUGGAGGAGAGAGUGGUGCACUGGUAUUUCAAACUCCUCGAUAAAAACUCCAGUGGGGACAUCGGCAAGAAGGAAAUCAAACCCUUCAAGAGAUUCCUUCGGAAAAAGUCAAAACCCAAAAAGUGUGUGAAGAGGUUUGUUGAGUACUGCGACGUGAACAACGACAGGUCCAUAUCGGUGCAAGAGCUCACGGGCUGCCUGGGAGCCACCAGGGAAGAGGGCAGAGCCGACACCAAGAAGCGCCACACCCCUAGAGGUAAUGCUGAAAGCACUUCUAACAGACAGCUGAGGAAGCAGGGCUGAAUUCUCCCACCCCCGAGGCAGUCCCUGGACACGUGGGACAUUCCUCACCAAAGAGCAACUAAAAAGACG